GACGUGCUGCGCUUGGCUGGCUGUGGAGUCGGCCGAAGCUUUCGGCGGCGGCUGAGCCAGCUGAGGGGAAAAAUGGCUCGGACUGUGGCGGCUUCGGCGGCUCAGGUUGUGGUAGAGGCGGAGGCUCAGGCAGCUUGAGGAUUCGACUACAUAUAUAAAGCAGUGCUGUACAUGAGAAAUAUGUGAGCCAAAAAUGGGAGUCACAUAGGCCUUGCUAUUUUGGAAGCUACAAGAAAAAAAUAGAGGAAGGAAGGUUUGGUCUUUUUAGUGGACAUGGCUCAGAUAUCUAGCAACAGCGGAUUUAAAGAAUGUCCAUCUUCACAUCCGGAACCAACAAGAGCAAAAGAUGUGGACAAAGAAGAAGCAUUACAGAUGGAAGCAGAGGCUUUAGCAAAACUGCAAAAGGAUAGACAAGUGACUGACAAUCAGAGAGGCUUUGAGUUGUCAAGCAGCACCAGAAAAAAAGCACAGGUUUAUAACAAGCAGGAUUAUGAUCUCAUGGUGUUUCCUGAAUCAGAUUCCCAAAAAAGAGCGUUAGAUAUUGAUGUAGAAAAGCUCACCCAAGCUGAACUUGAGAAACUAUUGCUGGAUGACAGUUUCGAGACUAAAAAAACACCUGUAUUACCAGUUACUCCUAUUCUGAGCCCUUCCUUUUCAGCACAGCUCUAUUUUAGACCUACUAUUCAGAGAGGACAGUGGCCACCUGGAUUAUCUGGGCCUUCCACUUAUGCUUUACCUUCUAUUUAUCCUUCUACUUACAGUAAACAGGCUGCAUUCCAAAAUGGCUUCAAUCCAAGAAUGCCCACUUUUCCAUCUACAGAACCUAUAUAUUUAAGUCUUCCAGGACAAUCUCCAUAUUUCUCAUAUCCUUUGACACCUGCCACACCCUUUCAUCCACAAGGAAGCUUACCUAUCUAUCGUCCAGUAGUCAGUACUGACAUGGCAAAACUAUUUGACAAAAUAGCUAGUACAUCAGAAUUUUUAAAAAAUGGGAAAGCAAGGACUGAUUUGGAGAUAACAGAUUCAAAAGUCAGCAAUCUACAGGUAUCUCCAAAGUCUGAGGAUAUCAGUAAAUUUGACUGGUUAGACUUGGAUCCUCUAAGUAAGCCUAAGGUGGAUAAUGUGGAGGUAUUAGACCAUGAGGAAGAGAAAAAUGUUUCAAGUUUGCUAGCAAAGGAUCCUUGGGAUGCUGUUCUUCUUGAAGAGAGAUCGACAGCAAAUUGUCAUCUUGAAAGAAAGGUGAAUGGAAAAUCCCUUUCUGUGGCAACUGUAACAAGAAGCCAGUCUUUAAAUAUUCGAACAACUCAGCUUGCAAAAGCCCAGGGCCAUAUAUCUCAGAAAGACCCAAAUGGGACCAGUAGUUUGCCAACUGGAAGUUCUCUUCUUCAAGAAGUUGAAGUACAGAAUGAGGAGAUGGCAGCUUUUUGUCGAUCCAUUACAAAAUUGAAGACCAAAUUUCCGUAUACCAAUCACCGCACAAACCCAGGCUAUUUGUUAAGUCCAGUCACAGCGCAAAGAAACAUAUGCGGAGAAAAUGCUAGUGUGAAGGUCUCCAUUGACAUUGAAGGAUUUCAGCUACCAGUUACUUUUACGUGCGAUGUGAGUUCUACUGUAGAAAUCAUUAUAAUGCAAGCCCUUUGCUGGGUACAUGAUGACUUGAAUCAAGUAGAUGUUGGCAGCUAUGUUCUAAAAGUUUGUGGUCAAGAGGAAGUGCUGCAGAAUAAUCAUUGCCUUGGAAGUCAUGAGCAUAUUCAAAACUGUCGAAAAUGGGACACAGAAAUUAGACUACAACUCUUGACCUUCAGUGCAAUGUGUCAAAAUCUGGCCCGAACAGCAGAAGAUGAUGAAACACCUGUGGAUUUAAACAAACACCUGUAUCAAAUAGAAAAACCUUACAAAGAAGCCAUGACGAGACACCCUGUUGAAGAACUCUUAGAUUGUUAUCACAACCAAGUAGAACUGGCUCUUCAAAUUGAAAACCAGCACCGAGCAGUAGAUCAAGUAAUUAAAGCUGUAAGAAAAAUCUGUAGUGCUUUAGAUGGUGUCGAGACUCUUGCCAUUACAGAAUCAGUAAAGAAGCUAAAGAGAGCAGUUAAUCUUCCAAGGAGUAAAACUGCUGAUGUGACUUCUUUGUUUGGAGGAGAAGACACUAGCAAGAGUUCAACUAGGGGCUCACUUAAUCCUGAAAAUCCUGUUCAAGUAAGCAUAAACCAAUUAACUGCAGCAAUUUAUGAUCUUCUCAGACUCCAUGCAAAUUCUGGUAGGAGUCCUACAGACUGUGCCCAAAGUAGCAAGAGUGUCAAGGAAGCAUGGACUACAACAGAGCAGCUCCAGUUUACUAUUUUUGCUGCUCAUGGAAUUUCAAGUAAUUGGGUAUCAAAUUAUGAAAAAUACUACUUGAUAUGUUCACUGUCUCACAAUGGAAAGGAUCUUUUUAAACCUAUUCAAUCAAAGAAGGUUGGCACUUACAAGAAUUUCUUCUAUCUUAUUAAAUGGGAUGAACUAAUCAUUUUUCCUAUCCAGAUAUCACAAUUGCCAUUAGAAUCAGUUCUUCACCUUACUCUUUUUGGAAUUUUAAAUCAGAGCAGUGGAAGUUCCCCUGAUUCUAAUAAGCAGAGAAAGGGACCAGAAGCUUUGGGCAAAGUUUCUUUACCUCUUUUUGACUUUAAACGGUUUUUAACAUGUGGAACUAAACUUCUAUAUCUUUGGACUUCAUCACAUACAAAUUCUGUUCCUGGAACAGUUACCAAAAAAGGAUAUGUCAUGGAAAGAAUAGUGCUACAGGUUGAUUUUCCUUCUCCUGCAUUUGAUAUUAUUUAUACAACUCCUCAAGUUGACAGAAGCAUUAUACAGCAACAUAACUUAGAAACACUAGAGAAUGAUAUAAAAGGGAAACUUCUUGAUAUUCUUCAUAAAGACUCAUCACUUGGACUUUCUAAAGAAGAUAAAGCUUUUUUAUGGGAGAAACGUUAUUAUUGCUUCAAACACCCAAAUUGUCUUCCUAAAAUAUUAGCAAGUGCCCCAAACUGGAAAUGGGUUAAUCUUGCCAAAACUUAUUCAUUGCUUCACCAGUGGCCUGCAUUGUACCCAUUAAUCGCAUUGGAACUUCUUGAUUCAAAAUUUGCUGAUCAGGAAGUAAGAUCCCUAGCUGUGACCUGGAUUGAGGCCAUUAGUGAUGAUGAGCUAACAGAUCUUCUUCCACAGUUUGUACAAGCUUUGAAAUAUGAAAUUUACUUGAAUAGUUCGUUAGUGCAAUUCCUUCUGUCCAGGGCAUUGGGAAAUAUCCAGAUAGCACACAAUUUAUAUUGGCUUCUCAAAGAUGCCCUGCAUGAUGUACAGUUUAGUACCCGAUACGAACAUGUUUUGGGUGCUCUCCUGUCAGUAGGAGGAAAACGACUUAGAGAAGAACUUCUAAAACAGACGAAACUUGUACAGCUUUUAGGAGGAGUAGCAGAAAAAGUAAGGCAGGCUAGUGGAUCAGCCAGACAGGUUGUUCUCCAAAGAAGUAUGGAACGAGUACAGUCCUUUUUUCAGAAAAAUAAAUGCCGUCUCCCUCUCAAGCCAAGUCUAGUGGCAAAAGAAUUAAAUAUUAAGUCGUGUUCCUUCUUCAGUUCUAAUGCUGUCCCCCUAAAAGUCACAAUGGUGAAUGCUGACCCUAUGGGAGAAGAAAUUAAUGUCAUGUUUAAGGUUGGUGAAGAUCUUCGGCAAGAUAUGUUAGCUUUACAGAUGAUAAAGAUUAUGGAUAAGAUCUGGCUUAAAGAAGGACUAGAUCUGAGGAUGGUAAUUUUCAAAUGUCUCUCAACUGGCAGAGAUCGAGGCAUGGUGGAGCUGGUUCCUGCUUCCGAUACCCUCAGGAAAAUCCAAGUGGAAUAUGGUGUGACAGGAUCCUUUAAAGAUAAACCACUUGCAGAGUGGCUAAGGAAAUACAAUCCCUCUGAAGAAGAAUAUGAAAAGGCUUCAGAGAACUUUGUCUAUUCCUGUGCUGGAUGCUGUGUAGCCACCUAUGUUUUAGGCAUCUGUGAUCGACACAAUGACAAUAUAAUGCUUCGAAGCACGGGACACAUGUUUCACAUUGACUUUGGAAAGUUUUUGGGACAUGCACAGAUGUUUGGCAGCUUCAAAAGGGAUCGGGCUCCUUUUGUGCUGACCUCUGAUAUGGCAUAUGUCAUUAAUGGGGGUGAAAAGCCCACCAUUCGUUUUCAGUUGUUUGUGGACCUCUGCUGUCAGGCCUACAACUUGAUAAGAAAGCAGACAAACCUUUUUCUUAACCUCCUUUCACUGAUGAUUCCUUCAGGGUUACCAGAACUUAGAAGUAUUCAAGAUUUGAAAUACGUUAGAGAUGCACUUCAACCCCAAACUACAGACGCAGAAGCUACAAUUUUCUUUACUAGGCUUAUUGAAUCAAGUUUGGGAAGCAUUGCCACAAAGUUUAACUUCUUCAUUCACAACCUUGCUCAGCUUCGUUUUUCUGGUCUUCCUUCUAAUGAUGAGCCCAUCCUUUCAUUUUCACCUAAAACGUACUCCUUUAGACAAGAUGGUCGAAUCAAGGAAGUCUCUGUUUUCACAUAUCAUAAGAAAUACAACCCAGAUAAACAUUAUAUUUAUGUAGUCCGAAUUUUGAGGGAAGGACAGAUUGAACCAUCAUUUGUCUUCCGAACAUUUGACGAAUUUCAGGAACUUCACAAUAAGCUCAGUAUUAUUUUUCCACUUUGGAAGUUACCAGGCUUUCCUAAUAGGAUGGUUCUAGGAAGAACACACAUAAAAGAUGUAGCAGCCAAAAGGAAAAUUGAGUUAAACAGUUACUUACAGAGUUUGAUGAAUGCUUCAACGGAUGUAGCAGAGUGUGAUCUUGUUUGUACUUUCUUCCACCCUUUACUUCGUGAUGAGAAAGCUGAAGGGAUAGCUAGGUCUGCAGAUGCAGGUUCCUUCAGUCCUACUCCAGGCCAAAUAGGAGGAGCUGUGAAAUUAUCCAUCUCUUACCGAAAUGGUACUCUUUUCAUCAUGGUGAUGCAUAUCAAAGAUCUUGUUACUGAAGAUGGAGCUGACCCAAAUCCAUAUGUCAAAACAUACCUACUUCCAGAUAACCACAAAACAUCCAAACGUAAAACCAAAAUUUCACGAAAAACGAGGAAUCCGACAUUCAAUGAAAUGCUUGUAUACAGUGGAUAUAGCAAAGAAACCCUAAGACAGCGAGAACUUCAACUAAGUGUACUCAGUGCAGAAUCUCUGCGGGAGAAUUUUUUCUUGGGUGGAGUAACCCUGCCUUUGAAAGAUUUCAACUUGAGCAAAGAGACGGUUAAAUGGUAUCAGCUGACUGCAGCAACAUACUUGUAAACUAGUGAAUGUCUGAGCUUUGGAAGCAUGAACAGUUAUAAAUGUGCAUGCAUACAUGCACACACACACAGACACACACACACUUGUUAAUUUUGUAUAGUAUUUUUAUACUUGGACAGAACUUAUAAAGUUAAAUAUACUUGCUGCAUUUCAACACAUCUGUUGGACCAACAGUCACAUAACUAACCUUUUUGAAUUUUUGGAAGCCAUUGCUGUUUUAAAGUCAUUAUGUAGAAUGCUACAAACCCUAAACUUAAUAUAUACUAAUUCCUGAAAAAGACUUUGAGACAGUACUAUGUCACUUCAGCCACCUAUUUUGCAUUGUUUUCUAUAAGGAGGCAAAGCAUAUGUGUUUUCCUGUUAUACACCUUUUAUAGCCUUUACCACUGUGUAAUGUUCACAAACACCAAAGUAAAGGAAAAAUGCAGGAUGUUACCGUAAAAUCCAGCUGCUAUUCAUGGAGCUGAAAAACAAAGCACAAAUAAUAGAUAGCUAUGUUAAGAACUACUAAGUAGUUUAUAGAAGUAGGGAAAAACGUAAUACUGCUUUUUAUUCAUGUCUUUAAAGCCUUUUUCAGAAUAAGUGCCAAUCACUGAUGUUGUAAAUAAUGGUGCCUUAACUUUAUAUGCUUCCCUGGCACUUCGUUUCUGAUUUUUUUUCCGAUUUGAUAAAUAAUUAGUACAUAGUUUUCACUCACUUGCAGCUUACUAAAGACAAGAAAUUAUGUACAUGUACUAAUGUUUUUCCCGCAAAAAAAUCCUUUACUUCUGAUGUAUGAAUUAGUUAUUUAAAUAGUUAAGCCUAAUACCUGAAUAAGACUCACCAAUGUGAUUGUAAAAUAAAUUCUAUCAUUCCAUUAAAAUCCUACAUUUAUUCCCAGGAAUGGUAAUUUCACCUCCCUACAUCUAUACUCCACUCCCUCAGUAAAUAAGUGAAAAUUGUUAACCCAUGUGCCCAUUCCUGAGUAGGGCAGACUCUUCACAAGAGGCCCAUGACAAGAAUUCUAGGGUCCAGAUUGAACUUUAAUAUAGACCUUUGUCUGUGUAGACCAGUUUGUCUUGUAAACUGUCUUACUUACGUAUGUAAACAUUUUACAUUCACAUGAGAAGUUAUUUUCCUUUAUAUAAUUGGAUUCAGAAUCAUAAGGGACAGGGCUGAAAUUAUUCUACAGUAACCAGUAAGAGUAAGUUUCAGCCGGGCACGGUGGCUCCUGCCUGUAAUCCCAACACUUUGGGAGGCCAAGGUGGGCGGAUCACCUGAGGUCAGGAGUUUGAGACCAGCCUGGCCAACAUGGCGAAACCCCGUCUACACAAAAAUUAGCCAGGCGUGGUAGCGGGCAUCUGUAAUCCCAGCUACUUGGGGGGCUGAGGCAGGAGAAUCACUUGAACCCAGGAGGUGGAGGUUGCAGUGAGCCGAGAUCACGCCACUGCACUCCUGCCUGGGUGACGAGCAAAACUCCAUCUUAAAAAAAAAGAAAAAAAGAGUAAGAUUCAUUUUUAUUAGUUACUCAACUUCAGACACAAUUUUGUUAAUUUGGAUAUAUACAUAUAUAUAAUAACUCAUGGUUAGAAUAGAAAUACAGAUACUUUAAAAAUGGUAAUAGAAAUUGUACCAAUCAGGUUGCUGUGAGAAAACUGACAAAAUAUGCAAUAAAGAAUACCAAGAGAGAAAGGACAAUCGCCAAUUCAGUUGCCGAGAACAGAAUUUUUAUGAACUGCACAAAUGUUUAAUGUAAAUGGUGAUACCUACAGGGAAGAAAUAGAAGAGUUGAUAAUAUAUCACUGGGACGGGGUGGGGGAAAGACUUGAAGUUUUUGGUGCCUAACACUAAUGGUCCAUAUGUAGUUAAACCCAUGAGUAUGGUAUAUGAAUGUCUUUUUUAAAUGUUAAAAUGUGUUGUCUAUUUAAUAAGUUAAUUAAAAUGCAGAUCAAAGCACCACCAUUUGCUUUUUCCACAGAUCAUUAACAUUUCCUUAAAGUAUGUAAGUACCUUUGCAAAUGCAAAUGUACUAGUAAUUUUCACUUAAGCUUUUGAGACCGAAUUCCAUUCCACCAGUUAUCACUUAGCCACUGUAAUUUAAAAACAAACAAACAAACAAAAACUGUCUUGGUAGAGGUCGUUAAUUAGACUCAACAUGUACUGCCUUUUUGCAGUCUAUUAUGACAGUGUCUUUUAGCACAAAUAAUAGAGCUAAAAAAUGUCCUGUCACUUCCAUUAUAAGAAAUCUGGAUUCAUAUCUAAAAGUGUAUAUUAUAAUACUGUACAGUUAAGAGUUCAGAACAAGUGGUAAUGUUUUCUCUUAAUUUAACUCAUUUUGUGCCUUCUUUACUCAUUCAAACACACAUACAUUUUACAUAUAGUUUAUUUCUUUAUGAAAUGCUAAUCUUCAGCCCGUACCAAAAAGUAGAGUGGAGCCUCUUUGCACUACUACUAUCAAUAAAUUUUAAAUCAGUUGGAUUUUUAAGCAUUUUUUAAAAGCUGACAUUAAAGUAAAUCUGAAAAAAGUUUAACAAACUGGCCAAGACACUAAUUUUUAUGUAUAAUCACAAUAUUUUAUACUCACCUUUAUUGACUAAAAAUAAGUAUGCUACAUGUUGUCCUGCAUCAGAAGAAUUAUUUCUUCUUGCCAGUGUUUUGGGAUUUGAAGAUAAUGGUUCACUCAAAGAACCUAUUAUUUUCUCUACUGAGGAACCCAAUGUAGAACUUGCACUGAUUUUUUUAUUACUGCCUUUAUAUGAAUCUAUAGGUAUCUAAAUGUUAAGGCAUGUAUGAUCUUUGAUCAUUUCUUUUUUCAAAUUAAAGUUGUAUAAAAGUUUCAAUAUCUUGCCUUAAAUUAGUUGCCUAUUCUUUCUAGGAUUCAAAUAUUGUGGCAUUUAAAAAAGAAAACAUUCACUUUUGAAACUUAGACUUCAGAUCAAAAAGGACUGAACCCCCACUAUCAUAAUCCAUACAUUCAUUUCCAUGUUGUUUGACUAGCAGUGCAUAUAUGAAUGAAUAUGGUAAUUAAUCUUAUCUAUAAGAACCAAAUACUUUAAUUAUAUUAAGAUAGUGAAUAAAGAUGUAUAAUAUUUUUAUUAAUACCUUGAAUAUAUUCAGUGGAUUGAAUGUGACUUCAUAACUGUACUACGAUUGUAUUAAAAUAUUUCUGGAAUAAAA